AUGACCUUCACGGAGCAAGAGAGACAAGCCUUGGUGGCUGCGCACAACGACCUGAGGAAAGAGAUUGCCGACGGUACGCUAGAAGGUUACCACGGAAAGCUGCCAUCAGCGAAGAAUAUGUAUCAACUGAUAUACGGCUGUCAAAUGGAGAAGAAACUUCAAGCUGAACUUGACAAAUGUACCGGACGUGCCACGCUCGCGUACCGAUACGGCCAGAACAUUCUUACAAGCUCUUCUCAGACCCUAUAUAGACUUGGAAAAGAGGAUCUGAUAAAGGCCGUUACUGAAAUGUGGGCCAGCCCAAUCAAACACUAUGGGCUAAAAAACGUUACGAACUACGAUGAUGAUCGACUUUACACAUUUGCAAAUAUGGCAUAUGCAAAAACACUACGAUUUGGUUGCGCCUAUAAGCAAUGCGACAUGCUGAAUCCUCAGGAAGUGCAUAUAUCGUGCAUAUACGAUCUCAUGUAA